AAUAAAUCGUAUGGAAUUCCAAUUCUUUUAGACUAUAAAUCGAAUUUCCCCGAUUAAAUUUAAAGUUGGUCUGGUAGCACUUGUUUGUUGUUGGUUUGCGCUGAGUCCAGUUUGCGAACGAAAAUAUUCGGGGCGAGUGUGCUAAAAAAUAGGACAAGAAAAAGAUUUGUGUGCUUUAACUUUGAAAUUGUGAGCGCUAAUUAGUUGGAAAUAGAAGUAAACCGUUUGUAAAUUUAAGAAAAUUGUGUUAAGUGCGCGAUAAUGAAUGUUUUUGCUGUGCUUGCGUUUAAUUUCAUUCAAGGUGCACUCUCCGCUAGCUCGAGUCUCAUACCAGGCGGCCAUUGUCGCGAUUACAAUGGAAAACUCUAUGAAACGGGUAUGCAUUACAUGCCCGGACCGGAUUCUUGCCGUCUAUGUAUAUGUGACAGUGGCCUCCCGAAGGCCUGCAAAAUGGUGCUCUGUGAGGCAUUUAGUAAAUGCAAAUCUUUUCAAGUGGGUAGCGGCAACAACUGUUGCGAAGUGAUUUGCCUCGAUGAUCAGUUCACAGAUGGUAGUACUGAUUUUGGUAUUUGACUGGUGGCCAGUGGCAUUACAGCCACUCUGUCAUUGUCUUUACUCUUCUUUCUGGUAAAUCGUCUGAGACAGCGAAAGAUACGCGCACGUGAGAGUCGACAGAAUGCCGAAGAUCAGCGUAGUAUAGUCGGUAGCAUUGGCUAUAUAGCCGGUAAUAUGGGUUAUAUGGAGGGCAAUAUGAGCGGCAUGGAUUAUUCCUACGCUAGUGGUGCUUCACACUAUCCACUCUGGAAGCCGGCAAGUGGUUAUUUUCCGCGCGGAGAAGCGCCGCCACCAUACGAGGAGGCUGUUGCUAUUUCACAAGCGGAAGCUUUAAGUGCACAAUGCACGGUUAGUGUGGCAACAACAGCGCAUCGUGCUAUGGGCCUUAAUGCAACUGUUACACCGGUUGAGUUGACUGCCGAAAUGCGGCGCAAUAUUCAGCAGCAGCAGCAACAGCAACAACAACAACAACAGCAACAGCAACAAACGUUGGUCCAACAACAUUCAAUGCACUUACAUCAACCGGCGUCACAUCAGAGCGUUGGAGGCGUAAAUGGUAAUAGUGCCCCCGUUGCCGGCAUGUCUAACGCUACACAGACAAUGCAGCAUCAUGUUGGCGCAUUGACGUCAACAGCACAGCAGCAACAUCAUCAACAAUCACACAAUCAAAUAACUCAAAGCACAACCAACCUGAUUAAUAUUAAUAUCAAUAGUGGCGGCAAUGUGACCACUAUUGCCACGGGUGAAAAUCAUCAACCGCCGUACAGCUUGCAACACGAGAGUAGUGGCAAUGUUAUGCAGGAACCGCAGCAUCACCAACAGUUAUCACAGACAUUGCAACAUCAACAACAAUUAAUAAAUACCACUCACAUAGCCAAUAGCAGUGGUGGACGACUCCACUUAACUGCCGCCGCGCCCAGUAAUUCAAUUUGUGUACAAACACUCACUGGUGGCGGCGGCGGCGGAGUCGCCAAUUCCAGCACCCAGCAACCUUCUCAGUCUACACAAAUGCUGGGUACCAGCAAGUCGCUGAAUCAUCAUCAUCAGCAGCAGCAGCAGCAUCAUCAUAAUCAACUCACUGCAAAUGUCGCUUGCCAGGCGUUACAACAAGCAAUGGCGUCUACGAUCGGGUCACCAUCGACCAGCAACGAGUGCAGCUAUAAGAAUUGCCAUCUCAAUAUAAGCGCCAGCACCACAUCAGAGUCGCCGUCGACAUCAGCAUCGGCUGUGGCCGGAACUCAGCAGCGUCGUCCACAGCAUCGCACUAUACUUCCAAUUCAAGCCACGCAUGCGGCACAUGAUAUGUUACAGCAAUUUGUAACAGUUGCUGAUGUUGAAAUCAGCGGUGCCACCGUUGGCUAUCACUCACUACCGAGUGGCAACGGCAGUAUGGGUGGCAGUGGUAGUGAAAUCGAAAUGCUCACCUCGACUACGGUGCCUACAACAUCGCAAUAUGUUGGAUCGCCCAUUGCAGGCGCCAUUUCGACGCCGAGUAUUGAUGUGCUGUCAUUGAUGGGCGCUGAAAUCGCCACCAUCUCCAACAAUACCAGUGACUCCAUUACACAAACUACACUAAGCGCUAUUGCCGGUCCUCAUACGCUGCCCACAAAUACAAACACACAGACGCUCAAAAGUGGCAGUAGCAACGCCAACAGUCCCAGCAGUCAAAGCAGCAAAACCCCUUCCUCCUCACGCCGCUACCAUCGCACUAUACCGCGUUACUUCGCGCUCACCGAUCCGUUGAGUGGCAAAGAAGCUUAUGGCGUUGGUAAGUGUAAAUCAGAUACUAGCACACGCAUUGGCGUAAACAAUACUACGACGGCUACAACAUCUGCUCCCAAAAAACCCACGUGUCAGUGCCCGGUGCAACAUGUGCCAAUGUCAUAUAUGGCGGCUACGCAACUAACCAAUGCUGCGCAUUGUGCCAGUAAUAGCGCGCUUCUCUCGGUAUUAAGUAGCAAAUUGAACGCAGCAAGCCAGUCGUCAGCGGCAUCCCAAACGUCCUCAGCGUCAUCUACAUUAGUCACCUCGCAUGGCAACAGCAUUUCGGCGCGUUCGAACAGCGCUACUUCGUUGGGUUACUCACAACGUGCGAAAUCCUCCAAUAGUUUGCAACAACCGUCGGCCAACGAUGUGAAUAGCUUUGGUGGAGGUGGCACUUUGAAGCGCAUCAUGCACACCACUAGCACCAGCACUAGCACAGCCACUAAUAACAACAAAAACAACAAUAACAGCAAUAGCUCUGGCAGUUAUGAUACGAAAAUUGCAACUAUUUCUAAACAAGUUGGCGAUAGCGCUGCUGCAGACCUAAACGGUAGUUCAGUAGGUGGCCAUCAUCAUCACGCAGCUCAUCAUGCGCACCACGCACACCAUGCUCACAGCGUUGUUGUAUUGCCGACACAGACACAUGACGAGAGUAUGCCCAUUGUGCUGGGACGUGUGCAAAAGCGAUCUAGUGGUGAGCGCGAAAGGGAGCGUGAGCGUGCACGCAGUGCUAGUAGUGGUCGUUCCAGCACCAACAGUAACGCACACCAGUUGGAGAGUAGCGCGGCUGCGAUUUAUUUGAAUGGAAAGGGCGACGCUUACCUGAACUUUCCACAGCCACAACACUUCAACACCUUACACGCACAGCAGCAGCAGCAGCAGCACCAGCACCAGCACCACCACCAUCAACAACAACAAACCAACGAUACAAAUCCAAUAUUACCACCGAAACUACACAAAUCUCUAACGAAUUUAAAAUCUACAACAACAAACAACAAUCAUAGUAUUACGACUCCAACAACAGCGAUUUCUUGCGUUGCUGCGCCUGUUGCUGCUGCUACUGUUACCCCCACCACAACUGCCACUGCCACUGUCUCCUCGAGCUGUACAGCCGUGCAGACGAUCUACACUCUCAGUAAACCAACCACGUCCACCGCGUCCCAUUCGACGCGCAAGGAGCAUCAUAAUAACUACGAGCCAAUAAGCAACAGCGGCGGAACCAGCAGUACCAGCAAGAAUUCACCGCCAUCACUCACAUUGCCGCUAUCACCUGCGAUGGCAAGUAGCACUGGUGCUGCAAUUAACAGCAAUGGCAACGACGGUGUCAGCUCCAACACUGCUAUUGGCUCGCACUCGCACUCUACUGAGAAGUCGAGUAAAAUAAAUUCAAGCACAUUUUACCCGAUGCAAAAUAGCCACGUGACCUAUACACUGCCAAAACACAUCGGUGGAAAAGUUUCGUUGAAUAGCACCAUUGCAAGUGUGGUGAGCAAGGUGCCUUCGGUGAUCAGUAUUCCAAUCGGUGGUGGCGAAGUCGAUCUCUAUGAGUACAAUAGUGGCUGUGGUAAUAAUGUAAGUGCCACGAACAGCAAAUAUGACACUUCAGCAUCAUUAUCGAGGGGUGUCAAUGCAAAUGGACGUAGCACAACGUUGCCAAAGAUAUUGCGUGCCAAAAAACAGCAAGACAUUAGUAAUAGCAGCAACUGCAACAGUAACAGCAUUAAUAUCAAUAAUAGGUCACCACCUUCCAAUAGCAUUUCAUCUGCACCGACAAAAGCGGCAGUAUCCACAACGUCAGUGUCGCAAUGUAAUAUGCCCGCCUAUCCACAACAGUAUACUAGCCACCAUGCCAAAGAAACCAUAAGUUCAACAACAACAACAGCCAAUGCAACAACACAAUUCAAUUCCAGCGUUGUUGAUGGAAAUACAUUAUCAUCUGCCAAGCAUUUACCUGUCUGCACCACCUCUAAGAAUUGCCUCAAUCCGAAGGAGCAUUUUCUACCGAAUGACACUAGUUUGGAUGAUGAUUACUUAAGUGAGUGUGAGAAUUGUAAAAUAGCACAGAGCGCCAAAUAUUAUUUGAAUGCUGAGGAAGUGGAGGCAGCACCGCAAGAGACAAUGACACUGCAACGUAAAUCGAUGGAUGACAAUAAGGACGAGCAAGAGCAAGCAUAUUAUCGUAUUUCACAUACACUACCAACGAAUCCUAAAAAGAAUGCUCCAAUCAAAAAUAACAAUCGUGAACCAUGGUUUUCUACAAUCCCUGCUAGCUCAUCAUCCGAAGAGGAUGUCAACGAAUGAGAUUUAACGCAUUUUCUUUAAAUAAGAAGCAACAAAAAAUGGCACGCACCGAAGUAGCAAAUAAUUAUAUGUACGCACACACACAUAAGCACACUCAUGACGGAUUAGAAGUGUGGAUAUGUCAACCAUUCAGAAAAAUGCAAGUUUAAAGAGGAAAGUAAGAGUAUUAAAUGUAGUAGCUGCACAGUGAGGUAAGUCAUAGCAUAAAUACAUACACGUGUGUAUGAAUAUAUGCAAGAAUACAUAUACAAAAAGUAUUGAAAGUAGGUUAGGUUAGAUGGCUUUCAGAAGAGCCUCACAAUUUCAAUGGUAUUAAGUUGUAAAACAAAACCAAAAUUUACUGUAAAUUAACGAAAGCCAAAGGCUUUAGAAAUAUCGAACAGAAAGAGAAAAAACGUCAAAGUGUUUGAAAAAAAAAAUGAAAAAAGUACUAAGCAAUGUAUUGUUGAUUCUUCUUUUUUUACUCUUCGCACGUCUCCAUCAGUCAUUUGCGCUUUGCGUAUAUAUCAACCAAAAAUUUAUUAGUUUCAAUUAUUAUAAGCCAAGAAGAUGACGAAGAAAAGCUCAACAAAAAAACCAAAAAACAGCAAAAAAAAAAAAACGGCCGGCUUUUUGAAGUUCGGUAAAUAUUUAUAAUUAGUAUUAAAUACAAAAACGCAUUGUACAAUUAAGCGGUACCAAAAAUUUAAAGCAAAAUUUUAAUGUAUAUGUAUAGAUAAAAGUUCAUUGAUUGUGCGCUUUAAUUAAUUACUAGUUAAUAAGAAAAAAUUAUAAUUUACGUUAAAUAUUACUUUCAAAUAAGCUAAGAAAAGUUACUUGAUUCUUUACGAUUAUAAACUUCAAGCAAAAGACAAUUACUUAAGCAGCAGACACUUACGUUCUCGCACAAAAACAAUUUAUGCGUUCGGGGGAAAUUCACGUUGCUGUGGUGCAUAUUUCAGAUAUAGAAAAAAAAUUGAAUAAAAGUUAAUAUGUAGAUACGUAUAUGCUACAUAUUUAUAGUUAGUGAAAUUUUAUGGUGCAAAUUGCAAAUGUUAAUAAAAUUUUACUGCACAUAGAUAAUGGUAUUAAAAACAAUAAAAAAAUAACAUAAAAAAGUGAUUUGCAACUCAACAACCAACGUGAAUACCCUUUCGAAUCUUAUGCCACUACUGAAUUAGAUAGAAAUACAAAACAGUGUAUAUGUGAAUGCCUUGCAAUGUGUUGAUUAGUGGUUAUGCAUUGUAGAAAUUAAUUCGGCUUUAAAAGCGGUGAACUCUGUUGCGGGCAGAAAUUUGCCGAAAUCGUAUUACAAUUUUUUGGGUAAACAUUUUUUUAUUUCUUUAUUUUCUUUUUCACAAAUUUCGCUCAGCCGUCAAUUUAUUUAAAAUAAAUACUUAUAAAAAUAAGAUUUCUACGUACAUUUCGUACAUAAAUCAAUACUCUUACACUCCAGAAACUAUGAACACAAUGUAUUGGGUUGGGGAAUAAGUUCGAAGCGUUUUUACUCAAGACUUUUAUUUAAACCAAAAACAAUAAUUAUAUCAAUAAGUUAAUCAAUUAUAUUUUCGCCGUUGUUGUUUACAACCUCUUCCCACCAUUUCUCAUCUCCCAUGACGAUUCGGUACAAAAGGCGCUGUUUAUGACCGCGUGUUGCUCGAUGGCGGGCGAGAUGCUGAGAAGCAAUUGACCUUCUUCGUUUUUUUCGUUGAGCUCGUGUAGCACCCAGGCUCCCAAUUUUUCCGUAAAUCCCAUUUAAUGAAGGUGAUUGAGAAUCGUUUUAUGAUCGCAGUUAAUUUUUUUCGCCAAUUCACGACUGGUUUGGCGACCGUCCUCCUUCAAAAGUGAUUUGAGACGUUCUUUAUCGAAUUCAGAAGGCCUCCCCCUGCGAUACGUGUCAUCGACGUCAAAGUCGCCAUUUUUGAACUUUGUAAACCAUUUCCGUGCUGUAUACUCGGCGGCUUUUUGACAUCGAUGAAAAGCAAAGAAGAGCAGUUGUCGAAAAUGUUGGGUAUUCCAUUUCUAAGCCUAGUAAAAAAUCAAAUAACUCAAAAACACAAUUAACAUACAUAGUUUUGGAGAACAGAAAGAGUUCUAUCGAAUGAAUACUAUAUUCCUUUUACCUGCUUUCAGUAUAAACACAUCCCUUGUUUCUUUCCAGAGUAUUGACAGUUAAUUAAACUUCAGGCAUCGUGGGUACCAACAGAUUGCCCAUCCUUUGGAGCAUGGUUGAAAAAAAUCCGUCUAAACCUGGUGAUUUAAAUGGGUUAAAAGUUCUUAUUGCCCAUUCUAUUUUUUGCGUUGUAAUAAUGACUUUCGGGAUGUUUACUGCGUUAUU